ACAUUUCUACAGUUUUAAAAACAUUAAAUUAUGCUCAUUAUUCCUUUUUCUCGCUGUUUUUUUUUUUUUUUCAUGUUGAUCGUUCCAUAUAUUUUAUCGGUUAUUUCACUCAUUUCAGCUUAAAACAUCAAUCGAAUUCAACGAAUUCCAAACGCCUAUUCCUCUUGCUGACGCUCCGCCAGUUCCUGGUACGAUAUGUACUCUGUCUGGAUGGGGAAGAACUGAUAUGCUGGGACUGGGACCAGCUUCUCCAGUUCUUCUCAAGAUGGAUCAAAGCCUUGUUUCCAACCAAGUUUGCCAGGCUAGUCACGGACUUAAACUUACUGAAAGCCACUUGUGCGCGUUCAACGGACGCGGAAUCGGUGCUUGCUCGGGUGACAGCGGUGGCCCACUUGUAUGCAACGGCAAGCAAUACGGUAUUACUUCUUGGGUCCUUCGUUGCGCUCGCGGGAAACCUGAUGCUUAUACCAACGUCUACCAUCAUCUCGACUUUAUUAACGAAUCUUAGGCAAAUAUAUCUUGGCACGAUAUAAAUUGGCAUAAAUACGUUCGAUGUACCAUCUAAAUUCAUAUCAACGCAUCGAAGGAAUGCGCUGUCGUGUUGGAUGAUACCCGACAAUUUAUUUCCGUUGAUUGCGCUUGAAGUAAACAAAAUUGUAUUCUUAAUGUUAAUAAAUUAUCUAUAAUUAAAUCUA